CAUCACAUCGUUGAAUUAUUUCAGAUCGCGGCUUGCGUCAUAUCCGCGACUUUCCACAUAUCGGUGGGACUGAGCAUGGCGUACUCGGCCAUUCUCAUUCCUCACCUGGAGGCCACGGACUCUGAUUUGCGCGCCACUAAAGUGGAAACUUCCUGGAUAGCUAGCGUGGUGGUGGUGUGUGCACCCUUGGGUGCGCUGAUAGGUGGAUUCCUGAUGGAGACGUUGGGAAGAUUGAGAACUCUCCAAAUCGGUGCGAUUCCAUGCGUGGCAGGGUGGAUCCUCAUUGCACUUUCAACGAAUAUUCCGAUGCUGUUGGUCGGCCGCUUGUUAACUGGACUGGCGACGGCUUUGGCAACCUCUCCAGCCAUCGUAUACAUUACCGAGGUCGCACGACCAGAGUUAAGGGGAUCGAUGAUAUCCUUUGGUCCGACUUUGGCCUCUUUCGGCAUGGUCCUCUCGUAUUUGAAGGGCGCGUUCAUGCCCUGGAGGCUGGUAGCCUGGCUCAGUAUUAUUUAUGCCGUUGUGCCUAUCAUUUUGGUGCAAGCGUUUGUACCUGAAUCGCCUGUGUGGCUGGUUUCCAAGGGUCGAGUGGAGGAGGCGAAAAAGUCACUAGAAUGGUAAGGAACAUACCUUGAUACAGUAAAGAACAUAGCUGUACCAAUAAUCACAGAUUUGCCAUAAUAAAUACAGGCUGUUCCAGAAUUCCUGUAAGAGCCGGAAAUAAGGGAUAACUGAGAU